AUGGUUGUUCUGCAGAAGAAGAAGAAUUCAUGGGUUUUACUUCUGAUCAUGGUGCUCAGCAUACUACUUGUUGGAGAUCAAGCUAUAGAGGAAGGUGAAGAAGCAGCAGCAGGAAGAAGAAAACCGCGGCGGAUUCUGUUGGAUACAGAUGUUGACACAGACGAUUUCUUUGCUCUUUUGUACCUCUUGAAGCUCAACACUUCAGAUUUUGCAGUUGAGGCAGUGACCAUCAGUGCAAAUGGAUGGAGUGAUGCAGGGCAUGCAGUGAACCAUAUCUAUGACAUUCUGUACAUGAUGGAUCGCGACGAUGUCUCUGUUGGUCUUGGAGGUGAAGGGGGUGUCCUUGAUGAUGGGACCAUGGACCCUAAUGUUGGAGGAUACCUUCCCUUGAUUGAACAGGGAAUGACAACAGCAGGAAGUUGCAGAUACAGGCAGGCCAUUCCUGUUGGUGGGAGAGGGAGGCUUGACACUGAUUCUAACUAUGGCCUCAGGAGAGCUUUCCUUCCCCAGGGACGCAGGAGAUAUCGCCCUCUUCGACAGCCAACAUCGCAGCAAGUCCUGAUAGAGAAAGCAUCUGCAGGUCCAAUUACAAUACUGAUGACAGGAUCGCAUACAAACAUAGCCAUUUUCUGGAUGAACAAUCCACAUCUGAGGCAAAACAUUGAGCAUAUCUACAUAAUGGGAGGUAGUGUGAGGUCAAGCAACCCUGGCAAUUUGUAUACUUCCUCUGCAAGCAACCCCUAUGCUGAAUUCAACAUAUUUGCAGACCCUUUUGCUGCAUACCAGGUUAUUCAUUCUGGAGUUCCAGUAACGUUGGUACCUUUGGAUGCAACCAAUACUAUUCCGACGAGUAAGGAGUUCUUCGAGGCGUUUGAAGAGAGACAGGAGACUUAUGAGGCCCAGUACUGCUUCAAGUCCUUGAAAAUGGCCAGGGACACUUGGUUACCCGACCAAUUCUACUCAAGCUACUGCAUGUGGGACUCUUUUUCAUCUGGUGUUGCAGCUUCCAUCAUGCAGAGAAAUUCAAAGAAUACAAACAGAAAUGGAGAUAAUGAGUUUGCAGAAAUGGAGUACAUGAACAUAACUGUGGUGACAUCAAAUCAACCUUAUGGAAUUCAUGAUGGCUCAAACCCGUUCUUUGAUCGCAUUCGAGUUCCAAAAUUUGGUAUGGAGAAUGGUGGGAUUCAUAGUGGCCAUGUCCAGACAGGCCUUAGAGAUCCAUUCUGCAUUGUGCAGAAUGGUACAGGCAAAUGUCAGGAUGGAUAUACAAGAGAGACAAAAGGUCCGAAUUCUGUACAAGUUCUUGCUGCCACAAGAGCAAAGCCUACUGCAGAACCUAACUGCCAGCUCAAGAAAGCAUUUCUCAAGAGCUUCUUAGAUGUUAUGAAUCACCCUCAACAGUCUGGCAAAUUCAAUUUCACCAACCAAUUUCCUUACCACAGGGAAGUUCUCAACAAGCCAGACUUUGGAAACAAAAUAUUAGGCAAGCCUGUUGUUUUUGACAUGGACAUGAGCCCUGGAGAUUUCCUUGCCCUUCUGUAUCUCCUUAAAGUACCUACAGAAGUCAUCAACCUAAAGGCUAUCAUAGUAAGCCCAACUGGGUGGGCAAAUGCUGCAGCAAUAGAUGCUGUUUAUGACUUGCUCCACAUGAUGGGCCGCGAUGACAUACCAGUUGGCCUUGGAGAAGUGAUAGGAACAAACCAGUCUGAUCCAAACUUCCCUUCUUCAGUUGGAGGCUGCAAAUAUACCAAGGCCAUCCCUCAGGGCAGUGGUGGAUUCCUGGAUUCAGACACAUUAUACGGGCUUGCUCGAGACUUGCCUCGAUCCCCCAGAAGGUACACAGCAGAAAAAUCAGUAUCAUCUAGAGGCCCUCCAGACAUGGAUCAUCCCGAGCUCAGGCAGCCUCGAGCAGUGGAAGUGUGGGACUCAGUGGUGAAGGAAGCUGCUGAAGGGUCCAAAAUCACAUUCCUGACAAAUGGACCUUUGACUAAUCUAGCAAAGAUUAUUCUGUCCAAGGGCUUCAAAAGCUCCAUGAUACAGGAAGUUUAUGUAGUAGGAGGACAUCUCAGCAAUGGAAAUUGGGACAAAGGGAACCUUUUGAACAAGCAUCCGAACAAAUAUGCAGAGAUGAACAUGUUUCUUGAUCCAUUGGCUGCAAAAACAGUAUUGGAAUCAUCACUCAACAUUACACUGAUUCCACUUGAAGCUCAGCAUAAUGUCAGUUCCUUCUCCAAACUCAUACAAAGUCUAAACAAAUGGACGAAUAAGACCCCCGAGGCAUUUUUUACCAAUCGCUUGCUCUCGCUGCUUAAUAGCCUGCAACAGAAUCAUCACAGAUAUCAACACAUGGACACAUUUCUAGGUGAGAUUCUUGGUGCAGUAGUUUUGGCUGCUGAUCAUUCCAUACUGAAGCUUGCACUACAAGUCAAGCACAUCAAGGUCCUUGCUGGAGGCGAUGAAUCGACGGAUGGGCAAAUCGUGAUCGAUGAGAAGCAAGGGAAACAUGUCAGAGCAUUGAAAUGUAUAGACCCGGAUGCUUAUUACGGAGCUUUCACGAAUCGACUAGGAGAGAAGAAGCAAUCUGCUGUUAUAGGAAGCUUUGAAGAGCAGAAAAGAAUUUGGAACAGGCAACCAAAAUAA